UAUUUUAGCCCAGGCGUCUCCAUGCCACUGCCCAAAUUCAACUUGGCACUGUCAGCAAAAUCGGACUCGAAGUGCGUGAUAGAAGGGUCCAAGUGCCUGUGGACUCAGGAGCAGCUGGCGUCGAGGAGCGUGACCGGCACAGCGUGCCGGAACAAACCAGGCUCCAAGGCUAAAAGGGAGGCUUCACCUGAAAAGAUGGAGGCACUGAGGAAUCUGCUGGGGAGGUACGUGGCACUGCACCCAAGGGCCAACGAGGUGGACGUUGUCAGGGUCGCUGCCUUGGGUGACCUGAUGACCAACUAUCUCACGGACUGUGGCCGCAGGGUCAGGAAGCGCCUGGAGCAGCUGGCGGCAAAGGAGGCCACGUCUGUGUGAAUUGUUUUUCUUUGAACAUUUGUGGUGUGUUUUUUUUUUUCUAUUCUCGUGAUGUCAGAAAUAAAAACAUGAACUGGAUGAA